AUGAAAGCCCUUACUCUGUCCCUGCUGCUCGUCUUCGUGGGCCUCGUCGCCGCCUGGUCCAAGGAAGACUAUGAGAUCUUUAACCUACGGGAUGAGGUGGCCUUGUCUGAAGGUGCCAAUGUGACAUUCUACGACUUCCUCGAGAUCCGCCCGAAUGCCAACCAAGAACAAAUCACCAAGGCCUACCGUAAGAAGUCACGUACUCUGCACCCGGACAAGGUCAAGCGGUCCUUCAUUGCGAACUUCUCAAAGGACAAGAACAAUGCCAAGUCCAAGCAGGGUGUCAAUGUCUCCUCCGGUCCGUCCAAGCGCCAGAUCGACGCCGCCGUCAAGGAUGCUACCGCUCGCUCCAGUCGACUGAAUCUCGUCGCCAAUGUCCUGCGUGGCCCCGGCCGUGAGCGCUAUGAUCACUUCCUGAAGAAUGGCUUCCCCCUCUGGAAGGGCACCGGAUACUACUACUCGCGCUUCCGUCCCGGUCUGGGAUCCGUGUUGAUGGGCCUGUUUCUGGUGUUCGGUGGUGGCGCCCACUACGGUGCUCUGAUUCUGAGCUGGAAGCGCCAGCGGGAGUUUGUCCAUCGGUACAUUCGUCAGGCUCGCCGCGCUGCUUGGGGUGACGAGACGGGUGUUCGUGGUAUUCCAGGCAUUGACUCGGUCGCCGCUAUUCCUGCUCCUGCUCCUGUUCCCGAGGCCGGCGAGGGCGUUGCGGUUGCCAUGAACCGUCGUCAGAAGCGAAUGAUGGACAAGGAGAGCCGUAAGGAAAACCGGAAAGGUCCCAAAGGCACCCCACGUGGUUCAGGGACUUCCACACCCACUGAGCCUGUCACCACUACCACAGGGGAACGGAAGCGUGUCGUUGCCGAGAACGGUAAGGUUUUGAUUGUGGACUCCAUCGGCAACGUCUUCCUGGAAGAAGAAAAUGAGGAAGGCGAGAAACAGGAAUUCCUGCUCGACGUUGACGAGAUUCAACGCCCCACCAUUCGUGACACGAUGGUGUUCAAGCUCCCCAUCUGGUGCUUUAAGAGAACUGUUGGCCGAGUCCUGGGUUCCUCGGAUGCCCCCGAAGAGGAUGACCAAGAGGUGGAGCCUGCGGUCAAUGAGGUUAUCGAGGCCACUGCUACCUCGAACUCGGGUUCCAGCAGGAGACGCGCGAAGCGCUCUCAGCGAUCUUGA